AGUUUGAACGUUAACGCGUUAACAGUGGUGCCGCGGACUUUGUAAGCCCAGCGGGCAGUGCACAAGCAAGUUGGGACCUAACUUUAAGUAAAUGUGAGACGGCCAUUCUUGCACAGAGCUGGGUCUCCGUGGCUAACUUCUUACCUUGUUUUAUCUUCCGCCGUGCGGUUUUUAUCUCCCAGGCUCUUUAAUCCGCAUAUGUACUCCUAAAGUUCUAUCCACAUCGAAAAUGAAGUCCGCUCUGCUUUUCGCUCGUUAUGUUUUGUUCGGUCUUUUCGUCGUCUGUAAUGCCAUUAUAUGCAGUGUUACUGUCUGGAAUCGCAGCCUCGUGCAGGCUGACGGAGGUCAGACUUUGCAAGUCGACCUCUAUCUCAUAGUCCUGGGCGCCUUUUGCCUUGUUUUCAUAUUGCCAAUUAUCUUCGCAGACUUACUCUGUGAUGAUCCGCUCUCAGCGCGAGUGUGGUUCGAGUGUGCAUGGGUAGCACUCGUCUGGCUCAUGCAAUUGGCUGGCGCGGCCGCCGUGACUGCAAUCGCGCCACAUGCGCAAUGCACCGCCCAAGCCACUCUAGUGAACAAUGAUGCCUGCUCGUCGACCCGUGUUCUUCUAGCUUUUACUUGGACUUGUACUAUCAUAUUGCUUCUUUAUCUGUUCCUUCUAGUCGUAACAGCGGUUACGACACAACGGAUCGAUCCCGACGUAUGGCAUCACAAUGUUCGUUAUCUCCGCAUCGAAUCUACUCGGCAAUGCCUGUCUAGUGCCCAGAACUCGCCAACAACUCCUCGUUUCAUACAAGCACGUGGAACAUCGGAACCGCAUCAACCUCGACCGCUUCGCCCAGUUCCUCGGCCUGCGGUCUACGAACAUCGUGCUGGACUUGAUUCUGAGUACGAGAUUGAACAUUAUCGUCCAUAUGCUCCAGAACAGACGGCUGUGGAUUCAGCCUCAUCCUUGCGUGAAGCUAUACAUACUCCCUCUAUAUCAUAUCCUUCCCCUGCUCUCGUCUAUUCGCAAACAAUUCGCGGUUUGAUUCCUCCGCAGAUAGGUCCUCAAGCGACGCCUUCUCGACUUGAUACGUCCAUCGUCUAUGCCACCCCGGCCCAAUCAUCAAUACCGGCGCAGCAGGCGCGAGCAUCACCCCCAUCUCCAUCACCCCCAUCUUCAUCACCGUUUGACUGGCCGCGAGCAAAUAUUAUGGAACGACCAGUUGGGAUAAAAAGGAAACCACCACCCAGUGCUUUCGAAUUUCCGAGACGAAGCGCUCAAGAGCCGUCGGAGCUCCCUUCUAAUCAUCCCACUGAUUGGUUAUCACAUCCCCGCACUCGACGGCCUUCAGGUCCUCGCAUGCGCACAUCAUCAGGUGACGAGACACGGCACCCUAUUCCUCAUUUGGUUCAUUCUAUUGAUAAGAAGGCAGCGUGAAGUUAGGAAGCAGAGUAUAUCUAUACGAUACCAGAUCACGAUGAGAUCGAUAGAACACUACUUAGUACUUCUCAAUCUGAGUUUUGUCAGCUGUCUGAAGGCC